AUGCGUGAGAAAUGUGCAAUGCUCUUGCGAGAUUUGAACACCAGACCUCCUGAUUGUCAGCCGGACAUGCUAUCCAAUUACACUACGAAAGCACGCGGUAAAGGGAGAGAUUGUUUCUUUUACAGCGAGGAUAAAAGAACGGCCAAUGUGAUUGCAGCGCAUCCUGGGGUAGAAUGUUUGGCUUUGAACAGAGAGUCUUUCAAAGAAUUAAUAGGAGACCUACGGGAACUUCAAGAUAAGCAAUAUGAGUAUGAUGAUGAUAAUUAUAGGUACCAUCAAACUGAAAAUGAAAAGAACGAGUUUCAAGAUCUCAGUCUGGAGGAUUUGGAAAUAAUAACGACCUUAGGAGUCGGUGGUUUUGGAAGAGUUGAUUUGGUUCGAAGCGUUAAGGACAAAAACCAGACAUUCGCUCUUAAGUGCCUGAAGAAGGAGCAAAUUGUCUCUAUGGAGCAACAACACCACGUGAUCAACGAGAAGGUUGUCAUGAUGUCCUGUAGGCAUCCUUUUAUUUGCAGACUGUACCGAACUUUCAAGGACAAGAAAUACGUAUAUAUGCUAAUGGAAGCCUGCCUCGGAGGAGAAGUGUGGACGUACCUCAGAGACAGAGGACACUUCGACGAUGCGACCACACGGUUUUACACAGCUUGUGUGGUCGAAGCUUUGGAGUACCUUCAUAUGAAAAAUAUUAUCUACAGAGAUUUGAAACCCGAAAAUCUCAUGUUAGAUGAUAGAGGAUACGUGAAACUGGUUGAUUUUGGCUUUUCGACGCAGCUGAAAAGUGGUAAGAAAACCUGGACUUUCUGUGGUACUCCGGAGUAUGUUGCACCUGAGAUCAUUCUCAAUAAGGGACACGACCGAGCCGUCGAUUUUUGGGCAAUCGGUAUACUUAUGUAUGAACUGUUCACAGGCAUGCCACCGUUCAGAGCUGCUGAUCCGAUGCAGAUUUACACCAUAAUACUAAAGGGUAUCGAUAUGAUAGAUUUCCCAAGAACGAUACCCAAGAACGCUCAGCAUCUCAUCAAGAGGCUCUGCAGGGAUAAUCCAAGUGAAAGAUUAGGAUACCAGAAAGCAGGAAUUGCAGAUAUCAAGAAGCACAA